AUGGAAAGCUCUUUUGCAAGUUUACCGUCUACCAACGGCCACGCAGCACACGAGAUUCAACCCCUCCAAAAGCACAGCCGCUCAUCCUCGACUACUUCAUCGCACACUGACCACCACCACCAUCACGGCCACAGCCACGACGAACAUGACCAGGAGGCUCAACAACAUCACCACCACGUCCCAACAAACGCCUUCCUCUCCCUCGGUCUCCAAACAAGCACAGCAAUCGCCCUGCACAAAAUCCCCGAAGGCUUCAUCACUUACGCCACCAACCACGCCAACCCCACCCUCGGCUUCUCCAUCUUCCUCGCCCUUUUCAUCCACAACAUCACCGAAGGCUUCGCUCUCGCCCUCCCCCUCUACCUCGCCAUCGGCUCCCGCUGGAAAGCCAUGCUCAUCUCUGCCGUCCUGGGUGGUGUCAGUCAGCCCCUCGGUGCUGGUGUCGCAGCGCUGUGGUUCAAGAUCCAAGGUAGGGGUCGAGAGCACGGCGCUGAUGAGGGCAUGGACACGAUUUACGGUUGCAUGUUUGCUGUAACUGCGGGCAUUAUGGCGAUGGUGAGCUUGCAGCUGCUGGGGGAGAGUCUGGAUUUGACGAAUUCGAGGCGCUUGUGCUUUGUUAGUGCGUUUGCGGGAAUGGGGAUACUGGGGUUGAGUAGUGCGCUUACGGCGUGA